AUGAUUCGUUCGAUCGUAAUAUACUCUGUGAUUUUAAUUUUCUCUCAUGCUUUCGCGCAUGAACAGGAAGAAAAUUAUGAUGAUGAUAAUUUAAAACCUUUCUUAGAAAAAUUUAAGACCGUAAUGAAAACAGGAAAUGAAUCUCUCAAAAUACCUGUGUUCGAUCCGUACGAUAGAACGGAGGAAACCCUUCACGUUAAUUUAUCCUAUAUUACUGCUGAUACAAAUUUAAAAAAUCUUCAUAUGACCGGUCUAUCGGAUUAUCAGGUCAAAGAGGGUAAAUUCAUGCUAAUAGGAUUACAAAUUAAAGUAGCAUUCCGUUGGGAAGAAAUCGUUACAAAAUCUGAAUAUGAUAUUAAUGGGACCGCAGCUAAUAAAUAUCCGAUUUAUGGAAAGGGUAAACUCGUUUAUUUUAAACGACAUUUUAGUGGAAUAAUUAAAGGUUUGGAUGUUACUUGCAACUUACACAUGCGCUUGAAAAAAAACAAAUUAGAAGUAUCGAGUAUUACAUCGACCGUAAAUUUGGAAUCUCUUGAUUUAAAAGCAACUGGACUAUAUAAUGACGAAAAACGUUCGAAAGAAGUAAGUAAAAAGAUAUCUGAUAAGGCACCGGAAAUUAUUCGAAAAUAUCCAGUACAAGCAGGAAUAAUAAUGAGCGAAAUCACAUUGAAAAAAGUCAAUGAAAUUAUAGGUAACAAAUCUCUUAAAGAUUUGAUAGAUAUUAUAAGUUCUUAAAAAAAAAAAAAAAAAAAAAAAAAAAAGAAUUAGCAUCUCUUUUUCUUCUAUAUAUCAUCUA